GUUCCGGGGCGUUUGAGGAACUUCAUGCAGAACUUCAAUAAAAGUGAGGAACCUUAACUGUGCCCCAGCUUGCGACAUCGCAAAGCAGACGUCCGUCGUCCUGCAGCUGAGUUUAGCUCGUUGUCACGCGCUCCGAGUUACGGUGAAAAACCAAAGCAGAAAACGCUGGAAAAUGCUCAGCGGGUCAGGCAGCGUCCGAGGGAAGGGAAGCGGAGGUAGCACUUCAGCUCUGAAGCUCCUGAUGCUCGGACUCCUGCUGGUGUGCACCAGUGCCAAAGUCUACAAGAGAUGUGAGCUGGCAAAGACCCUGAAGCAGUUUGGCAUGGAUGGAUAUUACAAGUACAGCCUGGCGAACUGGGUCUGCAUGGCUUACUCGGAAAGCCGCUAUAACACCUCGGCAAUUAAUCACAACACGAAGCAAGGAAAAGUUUGGUCGACGGACUAUGGUAUUUUUCAGAUCAACAGCAAAUGGUGGUGUGAUAAUCAGAAGACCAAAGGUGGAAAAAACAUAUGUGGGCUCAGAUGUGAUGAUCUUUUGAACGACUACUUGGGCGAUGACUGCAACUGUGCAAAGGUUAUCGUCACAGAGAGCAAAGGAAUGAAAGCCUGGGUGGGCUGGAAUAAGAACUGCAAGGACAAAGACGUUGAGCACUUUGUUGAUGGGUGUGGUGUGUGAAAAGAGAAAUGAUUCAGCAUUCGUGUUCAACACCCCCCUCGCGCCCGCUUCUCAUCCCAGCUUGCUUCAGAUACAGCGCAAUGGCAUCUUUACCACUACUACCUAUAUUCUCCUUAGGCCCCCUUUGGUCGUGGCUGACCAUGGGUGUCUCCAGGGCGCUAGUCCCUAUGUGGAGGACGCCUGUGCGUGACUUUGUUUAACGUGGGGAGACUGGUGCACAGACAGCCACCCCACGGUCCUUGACAGAUCUGGGUCAGGAUCCAGUGGCAUGGAGUCCAAGACGACCGGAGACCCUUUUCUGCCGCAGCCUUCAUCCGCCUUCCCAGCCGUUGUGACGUUAGCUCCACUAAGGUCAGCCAUCGUCCUCCGCCUGUUCCACCGUUGAGGUCUUGGUUGGAUUGCUCUUUGUCAGAGACCUCCCCCUCGACCUUACCGCCAUGGGUGGCCCCACCAGGAGCAUCACAGCUCCAGACGGCAUCGCUCUCAGGAUCUCAGGUCCACACGAGCUUCUCCACCACGACAAGGUGAUGAUCCAUGGAAAAUAAGUUCCCAAACAUAGAAACAUAGAAAUUAGGUGCAGGAGUAGGCCAUUCGGCCCUUCGAGCCUGCACCGCCAUUCAAUAUGAUCAUGGCUGAUCAUCCAACUCAGUAUCCCGUACCUGCCUUCUCUCCAUACCCCCCUGAUCCCCUUAGCCACAAGGGCCACAUCUAACUCCCUCUUAAAUAUAUACAUUGAUCCAAUAAUUGUACCCCCCCUGUGGUAGCUCGUACCAGAUACGAACAACCCUCUGAGUGAAAAAGUUGCCUUGAGGUCUCUCUUAAAUCUCUCCUCUCUCAUCUUUAGCCUGUACCCUCUAGUUGUAGAACCCUCUACUUAAGGACCAUGCACAUGAAAUACAUAGAGUACAUUUAUUUUUGCCACAGUCCGCAGCUUAAAUGGCGAGAGCGUCAUAUCCGAGUGAUUACAUUGAAAUAAAAAUUAUAAAAAAAUGAAUAAAUAAAGCGAUAAUUAAC